AAUAACUUGCUCCCUGCAAACUGAACCUCCAAAAUGGCUUUAGAAUAUGUGAAGUUGGGUCUAGCCCUGGUUUUUGUGAACUUUCGUUGUGAUUUAGCCACGGCUCAGUCCGGUUGCACCAGCAUGCUCUUGGGUUUAGCCCCGUGUUUAAACUACAUUACAGGAAGCUCGACAACCCCGGCAUCGAGUUGCUGCUCUCAGCUUUCUAGCGUGGUUCAAUCGCAGCCUCAAUGUCUUUUCUCGGCACUCAAUGGCGGGGGCUCAUCGUUGGGUAUUACCAUUAACCAGACUAAAGUUCUGUCACUCCCUGGAGCUUGCAAUGUCCAAACGCCACGUGUUAACGGUGCUAGUGGUCCAACAGAUGCCCCAGUGAAUCUGCAGUAAAUCCAACAGCUGAUAGUUCAGACGAGACACCGGACACACCGGCUACAACAUCAUCGAUGCCGAGCAUUCCUUCAGGUAGACACAACUCCCAAGUUCCUGCAAAAGAAGGCAGCGAAUCAAGCCGCUUGCUCUCAUUCUCGUUACUUUGUUCGUUGCUUCAUACAUAUGAUUUUCGCCUUAUGUUUGAAGUUUUUUAUGUCAACUAGGAGCUUCUUUACCUAAUAUACAGACAGUAGCCAUUUGUAUGCCUGCUUUGUCAUGCGUGUUUAAUGGAAAUUAUAUGAGAAUCCAUUG